GAAAACUCAAGUAUUUGUUACUGUUAGAAUUUAUCUAGGAGACAGAGUAGUGUCUAGCCUAGAGUCUAGAUAGAUCCAGACUAGAUGUUAGUCUAUGCUAAAACUUAAAACGUAGAUCUAGAUCUAUUUUGAAUGAUUUGUAAGAGUUAAUUUUAAACAAACAAAAAGUUAAUCUCAAAGAAAAAUACAGAAAAUGUCUGAUCUCAAAGAUGAUAAGAAAGAAUCUGAAGAAAAAGUGUAUGGUGGCAUUGAGGGUCCUAAUUCACAGUAUGUCAAAUUAAUAUCUUCUGAUGGGCAUGAAUUCAUAGUGAAAAGAGAUCAUGCACUGACAUCAGGCACCAUAAAAGCCAUGUUAAGUGGUCCAGGUCAGUUUUCUGAGCAUGAGAACAAUGAAAUAAAUUUUAGAGAAAUUCCCUCUCAUGUACUGCAGAAAGUAUGUAUGUAUUUCACCUACAAAGUAAGAUACACAAACUCAUCAACAGAAAUUCCUGAAUUCCCAAUCGCACCAGAAAUAGCUUUAGAAUUGCUCAUGGCUGCCAACUUUCUCGAUUGUUAAAAUGUUCAGUUGUCUGCAAUAUGAAAUUAAUUUUUUUUUUUUUUUUGGUUUAAAAUACUGCACAAUAUUAUUGAACCCAUGAUUAAAAAUUAAAUAUACAUAAUCAUAGAAUCUAUUAUCUGAAUUAUGUUUCUCUGGAAAUGAAAAUAUUAAAUGAUUUAUUUAUAAUAUUAAAAAAAAUCAGUAAAUUCUUGGUUGGUCAAGAAUGUGGUGCAGGCAGACAGCAGUAUAUUUUCUGAGAUAUAAAAGAGUUUUAGAUAAGCUCUGUCACUACAUUAUAUGAUUUUAAAAAUAAUAAUUUCAAACUAUUAUGUAGUUCAGUGUUACAAAAUUAUCACAACACUCAAAAUAUUGUACAUUCUUAAUAUAGAUGUCCAGUUCUGAUUAAAAAAGUUCAGUAUUUGCAAAAUCAUUACAUUUAUAUAUUUAUAUUAUGCAUUUUGUAAGUUUUUAUAAAUGUUACACACAUUUAUUUUGUAUGUUUCCUUGGUCAAUUUUUUCUGUUUGCAUUGUAUUGUAUCUUUAUAAUUUAAAUUAGGAAAAAUAUUUUAUUAGCAUUAGUUACCGGGUAUACUGGUAUCAAUAAUAAUAAUGGUUUUUUUUUUUUAAAUCCUUUUAACACCCAGCAAUAGGCUACUUAAAGUGACAUCUUUAAAAGUUCUGUAUUUAACAAAUUUAAGGUCUUUUGUGUUUAGACACCAUGUUGUUGUGUUUAUUUCAAUACAUUUCUUGAAUAAAAGACUUGCAUAUUUAUAUAUACAGACAUUAUUGUCAUUGCCAGACUUGUUUAACUUGGUUAGUUUCACACCCAGUAUAACAUUAGUAGCUAUUAUAAGCCUCUCUACAUUAUAUUAAAAUAUUGCUAUCAUUUGAUACUUUAGGAAACAAAAAUUGAAUAAGUUAGUCAUUUUGAUUCUAAAUAAGUUUAAAUAUAGAUUUUAUAGUUAUAUGGUUUAAACUUGCAAUUUAAAAGUAUUUAGAGUGUAUUGAUACGUGCAUGAAUUGCAAAUAUUUAGGGUGUCCCCAUAAUAUAUGUAUAAUUAUAGUUAGGAAAAAUAAAUAACUAAAAUUAAGAAUAUGAUGUAUGCUUUAUGGUGUCCUAUAAAUGUAUUGUCUGAUAUUUGUUUGACAUUGUUCAUGCAAAUAUUUAGGGUGUCCCCAUAAUAAAUGUAUAAUUAUAGUUAGGAAAAAUAAAUAACUAAAAUUAAGAAUAUGAUGUAUACUUUAUGGUGUCCUAUAAAUGUAUUGUCUGAUAUUUGUUUGACAUAACCAAAGUUAUUAAUAAGCAGAGAGGCAAAUCAUUUCUUGGUUUAUUCUAUAAAUACCAGACAUUUCUUGAUUAUAUACAUUUUGCAGUUCAACAUUUUGACAAGCAGUCACAAACAAAUGUACAAAUAAUAUAGGUGGUCAAUAUAAAAAAAACAACAAACAAAUACACCAUUUUUAUCUCAAUCAGUAGUCCAGUGAUAAAUAAAACCUUUUUUUUUUUUUAAAUGUA